AUGGUUCUUGACCGACUCCAGCAGUUGGCCCAUCAGGUCACUGCGACAGCUGCACCGCCGCAUCCUUUUGACCCUCUCUCUUCGGCAGAGAUUGAUGCCGUUGUAUCUAUUGUCCGGAAGGAACAUGGCUCGCUCAACUUCAACGCCGUGACUCUCUAUGAGCCGCGCAAGGCUGAGAUGAUGGCCUGGGUGGCCAACCCAGAGACUGCUCCUCGCCCAGUACGAAAGGCCGAUGUGGUUGCCAUUGCACCAGGCGGCAAGGUGUAUGAUGGUAUCGUCAACCUUGAGAAUAACAAGAUCGUCGAAUGGAAGCACACCCCCGAUGUGCAGCCUUUGAUUACAAUGGAGGACCUGCAGGAAGUCGAGCAUGUGGUUCGCAAGGAUCCCAAGGUCAUUGAGCAGUGUGGUAUCAUCGGUAUUCCUGCAGAGGAUAUGCACAAAGUGUACUGUGAUCCCUGGACGAUUGGAUAUGAUGAGCGAUUUGGCAGCGGCGUGCGUCUGCAACAGGCCCUCAUGUACUACCGACCCCAUCCCGAUGACUCGCAAUAUACCUAUCCCCUCGACUUCUGCCCCAUUUACAACGCCGAGACCAAGCAGAUCAUUCACAUUGAUAUACCCCCCGUGCGCCGACCCAUCAACAAGGCUCCCCCUAACAACUAUCACCCCGCUUCCAUUGAGAAGGAGGGCGGCUUCCGGAAGGAUAUCAAGCCAAUUCACAUUACACAGCCUGAUGGUGUUUCAUUCGAGGUCAAGGGACGGACUAUCGAAUGGCAGAACUGGAGCAUCCACGUCGGCUUCAACUACCGCGAAGGUAUUGUCCUGAACAACAUCACAUUCAAUGAUAAGGGCAAUGUUCGACCCGUCUUCUGGCGUCUUUCGCUAGCAGAGAUGGUUGUUCCUUACGGUAACCCCGAGCACCCUCACCAGCGAAAGCAUGCUUUCGAUCUUGGUGAGUAUGGCGGUGGUUACAUGACCAACAGCUUGGCCCUCGGCUGUGACUGCAAGGGUGCCAUUCACUAUAUGGAUGCUUCAUUCGUCAACCGAGCCGGUGCCUCCACAAUAAUCAAGAACGCCAUCUGUAUUCACGAAGAAGAUGCCGGUAUUCUAUUCAAGCACACCGAUUUCCGCGACGAAUCAAUCGUGGUGACUCGCGGUCGCAAGCUCAUUAUCUCGCACAUCUUCACAGCUGCCAACUACGAAUAUUGCGUUUACUGGAUCUUCCACCAGGAUGGUACCGUUCAGCUGGAGAUCAAGCUGACCGGUAUUCUCAACACGUACGCCAUGAACCCAGGUGAAGACACGAAGGGCUGGGGCACUGAGGUGUACCCCGGUGUGAACGCGCACAACCACCAGCAUCUCUUCUGCUUGCGCGUGGAUCCUAAUAUCGAUGGUCCCAAUAACACGGCCUUCGUGGUAGAUGCUGUCCGUGGACCAGGUGAAGUUGGCAGUGCCGAGAACAAGUACGGCAAUGCCUUCUACGCGAAGAAGACCAAGUUCAACACCCCUCGCGAGGCUAUGACCGACUAUGACGGUUCCACAAGCCGUACCUGGGACAUGUCCAACACCAACAAGCUCAACCCAUACAGCAAGAAGCCCGUCUCAUACAAGCUCGUCAGCCGUGACGUCCCUCCACUCCUCCCCAAGGAGGGCGGUCUGGUCUGGAAGCGAGCUGGUUUCGCGCGUCACGCGGUUCACGUCACUAAAUACUCCGACGAAGAAAUUCACCCCGCGGGCCGCCACGUUCCCCAAACUUCCGGCGAACCUUCGCAAGGUCUGCCAGCGUGGAUUGAAUCCGCAGGCUCCGACUGCUCAAUCGACAAUACCGACAUUGUCCUCUGGCACACAUUCGGCCUUACUCACUUCCCCUCGCCGGAGGACUAUCCCAUUAUGCCGGCUGAGCCUAUGACUUUGCUCCUCCGUCCUCGUAACUUCUUUGAUCGCAACCCCGUUCUUGAUGUCCCUCCCAGCUAUUCGCGGACGCCGACACAGAUCGCGGCUGGGACGGGGACUUGUGGCUGCAAGAAGAGUGAUGGGUCGAGUGUCUUGGUUUAA